UUUAGUAUAUAUAUUGCAGUAAUUUCCACAGGAGACUUUCAUCCUCAAAAAAUUUCCGAAAUUCUCACUUUUCUUUCUCUCUCCCUCUGUCUCCUCUCAGAGAAAGAAAAUAAAAAACCCUAAUCUUUUUUAUUUUCCGCUGAGAAAUUCACUCUUUCUGCACUGAUCUCGAAUCCACUGUCUCUGUCUUCGAUUCGAGCGUUUCUAGGGCUUCAAUGGAGUGAACCCGCGGAAAUUACCGGAGGUUUGUCGAAGAUCUGGAGAGAGAGAUUCACACCCACCACCAAUGACGUCCGCUGAUAAGGAGCUCGAAGAGCAGCUUCUCGAAGCUGGAAACAAGCUGCUGGAUCCUCCGUCGUCUGUUAAUGAGCUCCUCCCUCUUCUUGAUCAAGUUGAGAGUUGCCUAUCAAGGGUUGAGCAGUCCCCUACCAAAUCUAUGCAAAAUGCACUCUCUCCAUCAUUGAAAGCACUCGUUGCUGACAGACUACUAAGGCAUGCAGAUGUUGAUGUGAAAGUUGCAGUUGCUUCUUGCAUCAGUGAGAUUACAAGAAUCACAGCUCCAGAGGCGCCUUAUGAUGACGAUCAGAUGAAGGAGGUCUUUCAAUUAAUUGUAUCUUCAUUUGAAAAUCUAUAUGAUAAGUCAAGCCCAUCAUAUACGAAGAGGGCCUCAAUUGUUGAAACUGUUGCAAAGGUCAGGUCGUGUGUAGUAAUGCUGGAUCUUGAAUGCGAUGCCCUGAUUGUGGAGAUGUUUCAGCAUUUCUUUAAGGCUGUAAGGGAACAGCACCCAGAAAGUGUUUUUUCAUCCAUGGAGAUUAUUAUGACCCUUGUUAUAGAGGAAAGUGAAGAUAUAUCUUUGGACUUAUUUGCUCCAAUCUUGGCCAGUGUGAAGAAGGAUGAGGGGGUUCUACCACUUGCUAAAAAACUGGGGGAGAGGGUCCUUGAAAGUUGUGCAACCAAGCUUAAACCAUACUUAGUGCAAGCAGUGACCACCCUGGGUAUCUCUUUGGAUGAUUAUAGCAAGGUACUUGCUACAAUAUGCCAAGAGACAGCUGGUAGCUUGGAGCAAAAUGAUGCAGAUGAGAACAAAUCAGCCAAAGAACCAUUGGAGGAAUCAACUCAGGUGGUUAAAGAGGAUUCAGGAGAAGCACUUCCUCCUCAAGAAGUUAAUCCUGUUGAAGACAAAUCUCCUAAGUUAGUCAUGAGCAAUGGCACAGCACAGACUGGGGAAGAUAACUCGUUGGCAGAUUCCAAGUCUGUAAAGAAGCAAGAUGGUGCUGAGCAUUCUGAUCAAUUGAAGGGCAUCAAUGAAUCAGGUAAUGAGGAGUGCAAUAAUUUUGGCACUGAUAAGGUUGACAAUACUGAACAAAAGCCUGAAGAAGCGACUGAGAAGAAGGUAAGAACAUCUAAUUCAGCCAAGGCAGAACCUACUGAGGGUCAAAUUGUAGCUAUUGAGAAGGAAGCUGAGAAACUGCUGAACUCUAAACCUCAAAGCAAGGACAUUCCAAGCUCACCUAAAAAUGAUCAUUCUGUUGAGGCAGCUGGACAUUCAGAAGAGAAUGAUAAAGAGACCGAUGUUCAUGUUUCAUCACCAAAGGCAGUUGAGGAUGAAUCUGAAGUUGUUGCUUCUCCACCUGCUGAGAGCCUUCCAGAUGAAAAUCGUUCAAAGAAGUCUGGACGAGCAAAGAAGAAAGACAGUUCUGUCAAAGGAGGGGCAGAAACCACUGAGGAUGAUUCCAAAAAGGUGUCUGAAGAAACUAGUGAUACUGAAGCAAAGCCUGCCACGCGUUCGGCAAAAAAGAUGGUGGGUGGGAGAUCCGACCGGAAGAAAACUGCUGCAGUAGAUUUGGCCAAAAAAGGAAGUCAGACUGCAAGUGAUCCUGAUGUGAAAAAGCACUCAGCUAAGAAAGUAGAUGAAAGCGACAAGAGUGGUGGUGGAUCCUCUGCUAGGCAGUCAGAGGACAAGAAAAAGAGGACGCGGGGAAAAAGUACUUCUGAUACUAUUGUAGCAAAAUCUGCUAAAGAUGUGGAUAAGGAAAUGACUUCACCAAAGUCAGGGACAAGGUCUUCAAAAGAUGAAGAACAUCCUGAGGAGACUACCAAGGCAAAUUUGAAGAGGAAACGAACCCCUGGAAAAGAGAAUGCAUCUGAUACCAAGGAACCUGGUGAAGAUCUUGUUGGUUCACGGGUCCAAGUUUGGUGGCCAAAGGAUCGUACGUUUUAUAAAGGGGUUAUUGAUUCUUUUGAUCCAGCCAAAAAGAGGCACAAGGUUAUGUAUGAUGAUGGUGAUGAAGAAAUAUUAAAACUUGAAAAGGAGAGAUGGGAGCUUAUUGAAGAUGAACCUGGUUCUGAUAAGGAAGAAGGGAGUGAUCAACCGAGUCCUCUUGCUUCCCCUAAUACGCCUCCGAAGAAGAAAGGGAAGGCAAAUGCUGAUGACUCAAUUCAGCGAGCAAAGGUGGAUUCUUCUUCAAAAAGUGGUGGAGGAGCCAAAUCUGGUAAAUCAAAGGGUGCACCCGCAAAAUCUGGCGGAAAGUCAAAGGAUGGCAGCAAAGGUGAUAGCAAAUCCAAAAUUUCCAAGACUCUUGGCAAACCUGACGAAGAAGUUGCUAAAAAAUCCAAGGACAGCACUCCCAAGAGCGGUAGUAGUAAAUCUGCGGAAGCUGCAACGAAGACAUCUAUCAAAUCAAAGAACACAGAUAAUGCUAGCAAAAAGAGCAAAUCAAAGGAUGACGAUGUUAGCUCCUCAAAACCCUCUGCUAAGCCUAGCAAGCAAGAAACUCCGAAGAUAGGCAAGUCCAAGCAAGAAACAUCUGGCACUGCUGCUGCCUCCAAGGGCAAAACUUCUAAAAGUGGUGGGAAGUCGAAUAUCAAUGGCAGUGGAAAGGCGAAAUCUGGUUCAUUGAAGACUAAAGAUUCCGAGAAAGAGAACUCGGGUGAUUCAACUGAAGGAGUAGAAGAUGUGAAAGGUAAGUCGGCAAGUUCUUCUAAGGCGCAAGCAAGCGAGGCCAAGAUUGGAAAGAAGCGCCGAAGAGGCUAGAGGAGAGUUUCUAACUUACUGUGCAUUCCUCAUAGCCGCUUGCUUGUCUUCUGCCUAGCAAUGUAACUUCUUUACAGCAUUUUGGAGUUCUUGUCUGAGCCCUGUAGUGCAAUAUAGGCCGUGCGUUAGAUCUCUGUCCAUCGUUACGGUAAUACCCACAUUGCUGCUAGGAUUGUCAUCCAUAAUUAGUCUAGUAUAGUUGUAGUAGGGGCUAGUAUCUAUUUAUUUUUCCCCCCUUUUUUGGAGUUUUUUUUUAGAUGGAUGUUAUUUUGGAGGCUACAGCAGAAAACAAUUGAAUAGGAAUCAUUAAAAGGAUGCUUUCACAGCAAAA